AGUUAAUGCACACAUAUUAAAAAAAUAAACAUAUUAAAAAUAUCAAUUUUAUAAAUUUAUCUUAACUACAUAAAAUAGCAUUGAAUAAAAUUAAUUUAACCAAAAAAUACAGUAUUAUUUAAUUGUUCAUAAAUAUUAAACAAUAUUGAAUUUUAUCUAAACUAAUAAGAAUUUUAUCUAAACCAAAGAAAACUAAUUAGCCAUUUUUAAAUUUAUAUAUCUAAUUCAAAAAGCUUCAAUUUUAUAAUUAAUUUAAAAAUAUAUAAAUAUAAUUAUCUUAAGAAAUCAAAUUAAAAUUUAUGAAUGCCGAUAGUCUAAAGUCGUUCAAAAAAAAAACUACUUUAAGCCCAUUAAAGGCCUGUAACUAUUAUAGGUAGGAUUUAUCGCUAGGGCCCAUUUACGGCUCUCUUUCGUGUAACGUACGUACGUACCCUAAAAUCUCUCUUAUUAUGAGGCCAUUGACUCCUUUAGUGUCGUGUUUUUACAAACCUAGCAGUCACUGUCGUGUUUUAUCGUUUGUUCCAAGUUGCUAGGAGAAAGAUGAAGGUUGUCGCUGCUUUUCUCCUCGCGAAACUAGGUGGAAACGAGAGCCCAACCAAAGAUGAUUUGAAGAACAUCUUCGAGUCCGUUGGCGCUGAGUUCGACGAGGUGAAGACAGAUCUCUUCUUUUCCCUGGUGGAGGAUCACGACUUGACGGAGCUGAUCGCGGUUGGGAGGGAGAAGAUGGCGGCACUCUCAUCCGGUGGUGCAGCUGUUGCUAUGGUGGCUGGAGCUGGCGGAAACGCUCCUUCCGCGGCUGAGCCAGUGGCUGAAUCCAAGAAGGUUGAGGAAGAGAAAGAGGAAUCUGACGAUGGUGAAGGCAUGAUGAGUCUCUUUGAUUGAUUCAGUUUGUGAUCUUAUCUGAUUAAGUACUAUGGUCUCGUAUGGUUUAAAAGUUUUAAUUUCUAGGGGGUUUUGUUGGAUUCUAUGGAUUAUUCAGUGUUUAAGACCUUUAAAUAUACUGUGCAUGGAUCUUUCUUAUGCUUCUUAGUCAUGCUUAUGAUUCUAGUAUGAAA